CGCACGUCUCUCAUCGACGACAGCCACAAUGCAGUGGCUCGUCACAUUCUACUGCGCCCUUAUGGGCGCGGUUCAGUACUACACCCUGAUUCCGGUCGGGUGCGAUCUUGCUUUCAGUUCCUGCCAUCCUAACACAAACACGAACACGGUCCCGGUUUACACUCUUGCUACUAUCGCGUCGGCUCCUUGGAUGCCAAAGUUCCCUCUUCUCGAUGCUGCCCCGGUUCCUCUCCUCAUCGAUGGCGUUCCCACCUGCACCCCGCCACCUGCUCCCGUAUCGGCCCCUAUGUUCAACAUCGACACCACGGAUUUACACAACAAGCUCAGGAAGUCGCUCGCGACUGCUCGUAACGGUAUGGCUCUUGCCCUUCAACAAUCGCUCACAACGGUCAUUCGCGUAUCUGUGCAUGGUCAGGCGGCAGUGUCGGCGUACUUGCACGAGACAUGGCAUUCGCGUCCUGCGUCGAUGUUGCGCGAGACAUUGAAGGAGCGAUCUCUGUCGAUGUGCUCGCACUCGUUGAUGUACUUGCGCGAGGCAUGGCAGGCGCGUCCCCGCCCCGCUUGGAGCUCCAUUGGUGUGCUAGCUUUCGCAAUAUGGUUCUUCUUCAGCGAGUUUCUCGAGCGCAGAAACAAAAAGGAACGGGAAAGGCAGGCCUAUCUUCAUGUAGUGUCGAUGAAGAAGCGCAUCGCUGCGAAGAUGGCCCAAGCUCCUCCUAAACAAGUGGUCACUUUGGGCAGGCCUGCACCCCGCAGAAAAUGCACUACAUCUAACGUUUGGCCCGGGAAAGGCGUCAAACCCUUCCCCUCCUUCCCAAAGCCCGUCCCUGCCGGCACUGUCCUGAAAUGGAGAACUGACUCUCCGGUCGACGAAAGCAAGCGCGCGACUGAUCCCAUUGUCCACGCACCCGACAGCGAGCAGACCGCUGCGACUCCUGAUGCUCUCCCCGCCGUAGAAGCUCACGUCGACGUUACCGACACCGCAACUUCGAGCCCUGACUGCAAGGCUGAGGACACAUCUGUUCCCUCUGUCCUAGUCGCCGCCCCCGUCGUUGCUCCCGUCGCUGCCCCCGUCGCUGCCCCCGUCGCUGCCCCGUCGCUGCCCCCGUCGCUGCCCCCGUCGCUGCCCCCGUCGCUGCCCCCGUCGCUGUCCCCGCCGCUGAUCUCGUCGUUGCCCCCGUCGCUGCCCCCGUCGCUGUCCCCGUCGCUGACCUCGUCGUUGCUCCCGUCGCUGCUCCCGUCGCCGCCACCGUCGCCACUGCCCCGAAUGACUCCGCUGCCGAAACCCGCACCACCGUUCAGGACGACGACAAGGUGUCGGCCGUUGAUUCUGCCUCCGACUGUGGCAGGGAGACCCUUCACUCUGACAGCCGCUCCGCGUCGGUUUCUACUGUUGACGCGUCUAAUUCUUCCUCGGCGGACGACAACGUGACUGCUACUGAGAUCGAACCACAGAUGGCCGAAGACGACUACGAACCAUCUGACGAUGAACCUUUCGUUUACCCAGAGUCUAAGGAAGAUGACGACGAAUCUGACGAUGAACCUUUCGUUUACCCGGAGCCUAAGGAAGAAGACGAUGCUGCCCCGGGCCCCGCGAAAGAUGAUGCUACCCCGGUCCCCGUGGACAGAAGCCUGCGGGCCUCUAUAUGGGCGCCGGAGAACGUCGCAGCUCGUGAAUCCGCUCGCACCGAACCUGUCGCCUCCUCGAUCCCAGUCAAGGUCAAAUCAUCGGAACCAUCCACGGCAAAGGUUGCAACCUCGAAUGCCAAGGCUGCAGUCGUCUCCAAUGCGACCUCCAAGGGCCGUGGCUUGGGAGCCUCCAUGUGGGCGCCGCAGAACGUCGCGGCCAUCAAAGCCAAUACCACGUCUUCCUCCGCUAGCACCUCCGGUUCUCCACCUUCGUCGACCUCCAAACUGCAGGCUUCCGCGACUGUCUCGACUGAUGCGCGUUCUGCCAAGACGACACUUAAGCCCGCUCCUGCGUCCGCACCCAAGGCCCCAUCCUCUUCCGACUCAUCGUCCUCCGUUCCCAAUACGCAGGACAUCGACGCGCUUAUCAGCGCUGUCACGUCGAAGGGCAGCGGCCUCUCUGCAUCAAUGUGGGCUCAGCCCCAAGGCAAGGCAGCCGACAAAACCCGUCGUCCCAUUGUGGGUCGUACUCCACCGAUUUCGGGCAACGUUGGUCUCUCCUCGUCGAUGUGGGCCCCUAAGGACGGUAAACCUCCUAGCCCUACCACGGAUUCCAGCACUUCGACUUCUUCGCACUCGGCACGCACCGCACCCACGACGACCCCGAAGCCAGCCUCGAAAAACUCUUCGCGUUCUUCACCACCGUCCCACUCGCCUCCCUCGACCAGUAAGCCGAUCUGCCGCGGCAUUUGUGACUUGAAAGCGUGCAGUCAUGACAAGGAAUGUUACCGGAACUUCCGUCACAUCCACUUCUGCCGGUAUGGCAAGACUUGUCGGUACAUCUCAACGGGCAAAUGCAGGCAAAUCCACCCUCCCCCUUCGAUGAAGGAGCACCCCCCCAUGCAAAGGUGCCCGCGAAUCAUCGCCGGCUAUGAAUGCAAGGUCAACGAUACUUGUAAAGACGAAUUCCACGGUACCGCAGACGCACUCUAUCAAAUGUGGGUCGCUUACGUGGCCGAGUACGACAAGGUGACGCAGCCAAACGUCCCGGCUACAUCCCCGAUUGCGGUUUUCGAGCGUAGCGAUACUCGUCCUGGACAGUCUCGGUAUGCUGGCGGACGUCAAACUAACAACUCCAACUCGAAGAAACCUCAAUCCGCCCCGCAGAAAGAGUAUACACCGCCGAAGAAGCCUCACAAUCCCAAUGCAUAUCAUAAUUCUAACGGAUAUCGACUCUCUGACGAUAAGACCAAGGCCGAGAAGGCUGAGAAGGCUGAGAAGGCCGACGCUGCCACUCCCGCUUCUUGAGGUCGGUUCCGUGUUCUCAAUAUUUUCCUAUUUCUCUUGUUAUUCCGUAUUUGUGCUGUCUCGCUGCUCUCACAUCGCAACUUGCACCCGUCGCAUAUGUCUUGGUGUCCCAAUCGCAAAGCGCUCUGUCUUGUUUUCCUUUGUACAUCAGUCUUACUCUGCUGUUCCAACAUCGUCGCGCCACCCACCUUCCAUCAUGUUCUCCUUUUUUUUCUUGCUUAGUCGUUACUCCGGUCUCCUUCUACUCCCACUCACCGCAGGCCCGUGCAACCAUCCGUACACCACCCACCACUCGAGCUCCGCACCAGGCCCUGUCCCACUCACACAGGCCCGUGCAAUCAUCCGUACACCACCCACCACUCGAACUCCGCACCAGGCCCUGUCGUACACAUAGCGUCACAUAGGCUCCCAUCCGAGACCUGUCGACGGAUUUUACAUCACACGCGUCUUACAUCGACCGUCGUUUUUCCGUCCAAUGUACCCCUCCGUUCUACCCACUACUUUUACAGUACCACGUAGUUUUUCGUAGGGUUUCAUUCCUGAGCGUCGCCGGGACUGUGCGACGCAUGUGUACGCAGGAUACAAUUACCUAUCGCGAUUCGGGUCGUGGAUUCUGGGCUUGCUUCGGUUGGAGAACUUGCAGAGUCGGGGACGUCGUCGAUACUACAUAGCAGCAUAUGAAGCUCGAGUACUAGUUGUAUCAUAUCCAGUUUACUCCCAAUCAAU